AACACAAAAUUAGAGAGAUAAAAUCGGGCUAUGCAAAGAGAAAGAGAAAGAGAGAGAGAGAGAGAGAGAGAAAGAAAGAAAGAUAGAGAGAUGGAAAGAGAGAGAUAGCAGAGCACCGAAAUCGGGCAUGGGUGAAAAUUAUUCUGUCUUGGAGAAACUGAGGAAGGAACUGAGAAAGAGAUUCGGGAGGAAGAUGGGUGAAAAUUGUUCUGUCUUGGAGAAACUGGGAGAGAGAUUCGAGAGGGAGAUGGGUGAAAUUUAUUCUGUCUCGGAGAAACAGAGAGAGGUCGAGAGGGAGAUGGGUGAAAAUUAUUCUGUCUUGGAGAAACUGAAUCAGCUAAUGAUCAGUAAGGCGUGCAAUUUGACCGCAGAUCAGAUUGAUCAUAUCGACUCUUUUUACUAUCGGCUAAGAUUCCUAGCAACCAUUCUCAAGGAUUUGGAAGAGAAGCAGCAGCAGCAGCAGCGUGAGCUGAACUAUGAAGCUAAAAACCUGCCGAUGCAAAUUUAUUAUGUGAUCUGCAAGACAAGACAACUCAUCCGUUUUUUUGAUGUUCAUGUUCCAGGGCAGAGGGACUGCAACAACAACGGUGACAGUUUUUUUGAUAUUUUAAUUGGCACAAAUAUCAUGGAAGAGAUUAAGACGAUCGAGGCAAAAGUGGUGCAGUUUUAUGACCAGAUAAAUCAGAUCCAACUCGUACAAGAUUUCAAUGAUGGAGUCCCGUCAAUGUCUAUGCCAAUGGAGAACAGAACCAUGGUAGAUGAAGAAAUUACAGUGGGCUUUGAUGAUGAGGCGUUGACUAUAAAAGAGCUACUUGCUGGAGGGAAGAAGCAGCUACAAAUGAUAUCAAUUGUUGGGAUGCCUGGACUAGGUAAGACUACUUUAGCCAGAAAAGUGUACAAUGAUCCUUACAUCACACACUACUUUCAUAUUCGUGCAUGGACCUAUGUUUCUCAAUUAUCCAGACAAACAGAUAUGUUGUUGGACAUUUUACGUUCUCUUAAUGUCGUCUUUACCGAUGAAAUUGAAAACAUGACCAAUGAGAAGCUAGGCGAAAAGUUGUACAAGCAAUUAAAAGGCAAGAGAUAUCUCAUUGUCAUUGAUGAUUUAUGGGAUAUUGGUGCCUGGGUUGAUCUUAAAAUGUAUUUCCCCAAUGACAACAAUGGAAGUAGAGUUAUGUUCACUAGUCGCCUCAAAGAGUUGUCUAUGCAUGCCUCACCUGAUUGCCAUCCUCAUUGUCUGCGUUUUCUCACUGAAGAAGAGAGUUGGGAGUUAUUACAACGGAAGGUGUUUCAAAAUGAAAGUUGCCCUCCAGAACUGAUUGAAAUUGGGAAGCAAAUAAUGAAAAAAUGUGAAGGGCUUCCACUUGCAAUUGUUAUAAUAGCAGGACUUCUUGCAAAGAACAUCAAGACAGUAGUGUCGUGGAAACAAGUUGCCCAAAGUGUAAGCUCAUACAUUGUUAGUGAUCCAAACCAGUACUUGGACACACUAGCACUGAGUUACAAUCACUUGCCUCGCCACUUGAAACCAUGCUUUCUCUAUUUAGGAGCAUUUCCAAGAGACCAAGAAAUCCCAGUGCAGAAGUUAAUUUGUUUGUGGGUAGCUGAGGGGUUUAUACAAAAGAUUGGGCAAAGAAGCGUCGAGGAAGUAGCAGAGGGUUACUUAAUGGAUCUGUUUCAGAGAAGUCUGGUAAUUGUUGCUCAAAAAAGGUUUGAUGGUCGAAUUAAAGCAUGUCGUAUGCAUGAUUUGUUGCGUGAUUUAUGCUUGAAGAAAGCCGGGGAAAUUAAUUUCCUACAGUGGACUCACAAUUAUAAAGACGCUUCUCCUUCUUCUUCAAGUAAUUACGACCAACACCGCCUGUGCAUCCCUUCUUACUUGGGACCAAGAUUUGAUCAUAUUUUCUUACAAUCUUAUUCCCCAACAGUUCUUCAAUCAUUAUUGUGCUUCAGACAUGUGUUUGAGAAAAUAAUUUGUUACGAUGACAAUCUGUUCAGUGAUAUGUGCUCGUUUAUUUGUUGGACCUUCAAACUUCUUAGAGUGUUGGAAAUAUGCUAUAACAAUGCCUUCUUUCCAAGAGAAUUAACACGACUUGUUAAUUUGAGGCCACCUGUGUAACCGGUUACCAAACAGAGCAAAAGAUCAGAGUAGUCCAACAGUCGGAAGUCAGUUGGCCUCCCUCUCUGGCUCGUGCUGUUGCUCUUCUCUUCUCCUUCCUCCUCUCUUCCACCAUAGUCGAAGCUUCAACCAUUGCCAAAGACCACCAGCCCCGUCGGCGUCGGGGCCACCAUUCUCUCGGUGUAGACAUCUUUCUUCAUAACCUCUCACUGUCUUGACGUCAAGAACUAGAGUUUCUUCCAUUCUAAUCGAAUAUUUCCAAGAGAUAUUUUCUGUAGCUCAGGUUGCUGAUAAUUUGGUGUUUGGAGUCGGGAUAAAUUGUGGACAGCUUAAACUGUGAUUUUGGGUUCACCAAUUAGUCAUCAACGAAUCGGAGAUUUUGGGUUUGAUCCAUCGCAAAGUGUGUUAUUCGCUUGCAAACAAGGUAUUGCCUGGUGGGUUUCACCUGCUUUUCCUUCUUGUUGCAGAAAGCUCAGGAUUUUCAUAAGGACACUGGUUCUCCUGUGGGUGCGUUAGUUUCUCAAGAUGUUAACAGGUCUGAUGACUUGAAGCAGCUCUAUCCAGAGCCAUCACAAUGUACGUGUUAUGUCCUGGAAGAUGUUUCUCUCAGUGAGCUUGGGAACAGUCUGACUGAAUUUCUACAUAUUCAAGAUGAUAAAAAAUUGGCAUCAAGCUCCAAUUUAGUUCAACCUGCCGACAAGACUGAUAACUUCAAUGUGGAGAAGAAAGAUAAAUGCAAAGAUCUAGAUCAAACUGAACCAACCACUGUAACUUCUGAGAAAUUUUUUCCCAAAUGUGCAACAUUUGCAUGCUCUGGUAAGAAAGCAUCCCUUGCUGUGUCUGCAAAUGUGGAAGAUGACAUAAAUGCUGCAGUAUUGAAGAAAAAUGGCCAUGAAUCUGUUAAUCCUACAUGCCCUCAAUCCAUAUCCUUGCCUACUCCUUCAAAGCUAGUAUCUGCCAUGAAGGGUAGCCGUGAGAAACAGGGGAUGACACCUCCAGAGAAACUGACCGACAGAUGGGCGCCUGAUGUGUAUGAUCCUCCUCCAUCAAUAUCUACAUCCACAUCUGGGAAGAUCAAGAAACCACGGCCCAAGAGUGAAAGUAAGAGGUAUUAUGAUUAUAAGAACGGAAAGAACAAGCAGAAGGGAAAACCUUCUAAAGGGAGCAGCAGUAAGGACAAGAACCACGUUUGAAAACACGGUGGGAGUUCUAACAAGUAUUACCAAACGCUAGACAAUGAUGACAGAGUGGUCGACUAUAAUGAGCCUUGCGGUGAAUCGGGGGGUUUUGGUGUUGGUAGCCCAAACUCAUAUUGUGGGAGUAGUUUCCCUAAGAAAUCUGUCAGAGAGUUGCAUUUCUCCAUUGCAGAGGCUACAUGAGCCUUAUCUUCAAUCACCACCGAGUAGUCCUUUCUUCUCAUUCAUGGUGUUAAUAAAUAAAGUACUGUUUUAGGGUCUUGUUGACUGUAGUUAUAGUACUUCGGAAACUUUUGACAAUUUUCUUUUGCAGUGCUGCUAUUGGUAAAUCUGCAUUGACAUCCUCACAAACUUCAGGUUUUGUCUGUAGAUGAGUUUUUACAAUCUAAGCUGCCCUUUCUUUUUUCCUGGUUUAAAGGAAAUUGUCGUGCUCUUGUUCUUCAUCGAUUCUAGUCGGUGGGUGUUCCUGGUUUAUGUUAUUUCGUGUGUGGUUGGUGUUGGAA